UUCCUAGGUGGAUCGUGUGGAGGUUAUCUUGAUGAUGCUAUUGGAAUUGUUAGCAGUCCAUAUUAUCCAGACUCCUAUCCAAAUUCUGCAAGCUGCAUUUGGCACAUAAGAGUGGAAAGCCACCAAAUAAUUGAUCUGCAAUUUACUGACUUUGAUCUUGAAAUGGCUCAAAAUUGCCCGCAUGAUUACGUUGCAAUAUAUGAUGGCCCUUCAACAGAUUCUACUUUGCUUGCAAGACUUUGCUCAAAUCCAAGUGAAGCUUUGAUAUCGUCGUCCAACAGUAUGACAAUUUAUUUUCGGUCAGAUUCCAGCGUAACCAGACGUGGCUUCAUCGCAAGAUACCAAUCACUACCCAUCAAUGACGGUCAUUUGUGUGGAGGUUAUCUUGGCGAUGCCUUUGGAUCUCUUUUCAGUCCUGGUUAUCCACACCCCUAUCCAAAUAAUGCAGACUGCAUUUGGUACAUAAGUGUGAACAGCACACAAGUAGUACAGCUGCGGUUUUCUGACUUUCAGCUUGAAGCUACAUCAAGUUGCUCAUACGAUUUUGUUGCAGUGUACGAUGGGCCGACAACAGAUUCUGCUUUGCUUGGAAAACUUUGCAUUGAAGCAAAUGAAACGUUUACAUCAACAUCCAACAGUAUGACAAUUCAUUUUCGAUCAGAUUCCAGUCAAACCAGAAGUGGCUUCGCUGCCAGCUACCACGCACGGCCCAACAAUAUCGGAUACGAUUCGUGCAGAUACAACUGUGGGGGGUCUUCAUAUGGAUGCUCCUGUGAUUACAGCUGUCGUUACCAUGGCAACUGUUGUCCUGAUUUCUGUGACUACUGUUCUUACAUGGAUUCUGGAUAUUGCGGCCUUUACACAACUACUACAGCACCACCAACAGGUGGAUCGUGUGGAGGUUAUCUUGAUGAUGCUAAUGGAACUGUUAGCAGUCCAUAUUAUCCAUACUCCUAUCCAAAUUCUGCAAACUGCAUUUGGCACAUAAGAGUGGAAAGCCACCAAAUAAUUGAUCUGCAAUUUACUGACUUUGAUCUUGAAAUGGCUCAAAAUUGCCCGUAUGAUUACGUUGCAAUAUAUGAUGGACCUUCAACAGAUUCUACUUUGCUUGCAAGACUUUGCUCAAAUCCAAGUGAAGCUUUGAUAUCGUCGUCCAACAGUAUGACAAUUUAUUUUCAGUCAGAUUCCAGCGUAACCAGACGUGGCUUCAUCGCAAGAUACCAAUCACUUCCCAUCAAUAACGGUCAUUUGUGUGGAGGUUAUCUUGGCGAUGCCUUUGGAUCUCUUUUCAGUCCUGGUUAUCCAUACCCCUAUCCACAUAAUGCAGACUGCAUUUGGUACAUAAGAGUGAACAGCACACAAGUAGUACAGCUGCGGUUUUCUGACUUUGAGCUUGAAGCUACAUCAAGUUGCUCAUACGAUUUUGUUGCAGUGUACGACGGGCCGACAACAGAUUCUGCUUUGCUUGGAAAACUUUGCAUUGAAGCAAAUGAAACUUUUACAUCAACAUCCAACAGUAUGACAAUUCAUUUUCGAUCAGAUUCCAGUCAAACCAGAAGUGGCUUCGCUGCCAGCUACCACGCACGGCCCAACUAUAACGAGAUGUUAAAAUGUUCUUCAGAUUACAUGGAAGCAAUAAUUGAUAACUCCUAUCUCAGUUUUCUGGGUUUUAAUGUGUCCAAUCUCUAUCUGAAUGAUCGCAACUGCAGACCAAUAAUAACAGCUAAUGGAGUGGAAUUCAAAAUACCACUUAAUCAAUGUGGUACAGUACAACAGGUACAGAACGGUAACAUUGUUUAUUCCAACACCAUCCAAUCUUCACUUUCUGGAUCGACUAUAGUUCGUGCACGAUACCUACAGAUCAAUAUUGGCUGUGAAAUGCAACAAGAUACAAUGGUUAACAUAAUGUAUUUGGUAAACAAUAACUCGGGAAAUGGAAUAUUUGAUAACAUAACACAAACUGGCUCGUUUAGAUCUAGCAUGAUGUUCUAUGAUUCAUCAUCAUUUGUCACACCAGUGUCAGAUUUGCCGUAUUAUGUAGAUCUUCAGCAGAAUCUGUUUGUGCAGGUUAACCUGUACAGUUCUGAUACUUCUCUUAAAGUGUUUGUGGAUACCUGCACAGCGGCGCCCGAUAAUGUCACCUCAACAUCAAUGACUUAUGAUCUAAUCAAGAAUGGGUGUGUAAGGGAUGAGACCUACGGCAUAUAUCCCUCACCAGCCAACAAUAUUGCCCGAUUUACAUUCAGUGCCUUUAAAUUCUUAAACCCACAUUCCUCAGUCUAUCUCCGUUGUAAACUUGUGAUAUGCGAGGCUUAUGAUUACUCCUCCCGCUGUUACCGUGGGUGCAUGACUCGGCAAAGGAGAGCCAUAGCUUCUUCAAAGGGAAAUGUCGAUGUUACGUUGGGACCAAUUGAACUCAAGAAAGAUUGAACACAUUAAGGUGCAGGUCUGAAAAAAGAAGUGGACAAGGCUGAUGACACGAAUAUCUAAUUUAAUUUUCCAUUUAUCCUACCUCUGCUGGUUCUGUUUGUAAUUGUUUCGCCAUUGGCUGCUGCAAUGCUAAAACUAUUCAGGAAUCUGGAACAGAACGGGCUUAAGUGCAGUAUGCGGAAUUCUACUGUGAAGUGACACUUUCAAUCGAUAAUGAAUCUGAUCGAAUCUAAUCCAGAUAACCAAUGACACAACAAACUUACUUGCAUGAACAAAAUUCAAAACCUGAUCAAAAUUAAUUCUAAGAUUCACUGAAGCAAUGAGCUUGGAGAUUGAGUUUAUUGUUUAAUUAUAAUGUCAUCUGUCACAAUUUCUAAUCAUGGAUGUCACUUGAAUUUAUUUGUCCAUUUGUUUCUGUUUCAAUUAACUCAAUGCAUAAUAAAAUUGUGAUUAAAAAAGAAGUCAAUAAAGCAUUUUCAAAGCAUGACACAAUCUAAUCUG